CGUUUAGGGGGGUAACUGCCAUCCAAAACUUCACUGUUUUUCUUCUUCUUCUUUUUUAAUUCUCACCUUCAUAACUGAACCCCCUUGCUCUGUGCUUCUUUAUUGACCGCUCCUAUUAAACCCCCUCUGCUAUGAAAGUUGACUCUCGGCAGAGCGAGAGAGGGACGGGGGCAGAGAUAACAGAAUCUGUUGCAAUAUUAUUGUGGUUGGCAUCAGGUAGAGGACCAUAUUGUUUGCUCGUUCUUCUGAUAGCAGCUAGCAUCUUCAAGAAUGGAGCUGUAUGAUGGCAACGUGUUUCGAAGACCAGCACACGCACAAGCAAUACCCGUAACCGAUACCAAAGCAUGGAAGCCACUCACGAGGCUACAGAAGCAAGCCCCGGAAGCUCUGAGACUUGAUCAGCUCUCCAUCACUGCCUCAACCAACCAUUCUCUGCCUGCUAGCCAUACCUCUCCUCCUCUUACUCCAAUUCCCCUUCUAUCACCACUCUCUGUAUCUCCUCCACCAUUGCCAUCUGAGGCAGAAGAAUUUACAUUUCCUGUAAUAUGGGGUGAUGUUGACAAAGGGAGGGAAGUUGGUGUUGGUGAUGCAUAUUCGGAGGCAAGAGUUUGGCAGCAUCCAGCAGUGGCCGGUGGAUGCACCGAGCCAUCAUCCUUGUUUGCCCUCUUCCGAUCCAAAUGCGUGCUCGUUAAUCACGCACAGUCAAGAUUCUGAACUGCAUGUUCUGUUAUUGUGAUAAAUUUCAACUCAUUGCGGG